UUUUUGAGCAGAAGAGCAUGAAGUUUCAAUGCGCACGAGUCCUGCGCGGCCAUGACGGCCCAGUGUUUGCCGUGCGAUUCAACGAGAAGGGAACGUACUGCAUGAGCUGUGGGAGCGAUCGCACGAUCCGGUUGUGGAAUCCACAUCGGGAAGGCACCGAAGGUACAGGGUCAGCUCUGUUGAUCAAGACGUAUCGUGGGCUACAUGGCUACGAAGUUCGCGAUGUCGCCAUUGAGAAGGACAAUUCCAUGUUUGUUUCAUGCGGCCGGGACAAAGCAGUGUUUCAAUGGGAUGUGUCGUCCGGCAAAACCAUUCGAAAGUUCGAGGGUCAUACGAGCAGUGUCAAUGCGGUGGAGUUCAACGAGGACUGCACCGUCCUUGCGUCGGCAUCUUACGACAGCACCGUUCGUCUCUGGGACGUCAGGGCUCGAAAUUCAUUUGUUCCGAUUCAAACACUCGAUCAUUUCACAGACAGCGUCACGGCCGUCCGCGUGGCGGACCAUCAAAUCAUCGCGAGCUGCGUGGAUGGCUUUGUGCGCACGUACGACCUCCGCGCCGGGCUCGUCACCGAAGACAACCUCCAUCACCCGGUGACGAGUCUCGCCAUGACUUCCGACUUGAACUGUAUCGUCGCGUCCACGACGAAGGGCCGCCUGCGUCUCUUUGAGUCCAAAUCUGGCAUCGAACUCAACUCGUUCCAAGGACACGUCGUUGGAGGCUAUGGUCUCGACUGUGCCUUCUCGCACGACGACGCAAGUGUGCUGAGUGGCUCGGAGGAUGGCCGAGUCGUCAUCUGGGACAUGCUCACGAAGGACUGUCGGCAAUCCUUUCACGCGCACGAUCGCGCUGUACGGACCAUCGCGGCACAUCCCUCCGAAGCCAUGGUGCUCACAGGGUCCGUCGACAGCACUGUGAAAGUAUGGGAGAUGGCAACCUAGCGCAGAAGGGGGAACUGCCACAACGCGCAAACGAGCAAAUUUAGCGGAUCUCGACGACAUCGUCCUAAGAAACCGAUGCACUUGAUGUUCACAACAAUUGUGCGUCGACAGAAGUGCCAAGGCGGAUUGGCUAAGAUAACGUGUAGCGCAACCCUGCGACUGUCAUGAGGAGCUCGUUGGCAGACUUCUUGGACUCCUUCUCGGUCGCGAAGAGCGACGCAUAUACAGGGUUCCGUUCCUUCUCGUGAUUCACGGCGGCCUCGGCCUCGUUCACGGCCUGCAACUUGCUCUUGGCUUUCUGGAUUACGGGAGGCGGUGCAUCGUCCAAGGCCAAUGGCGCAUCCUCUCGUUUCCGCUUCAGUGGUUUCUCCGUUGCGCGAAUGGACUCCAACACGACGGCCGCAUCUUCGUCAGACAGAAGCAAUGGCCACAGUUCCUUGGACGAUUUGAUGGGGAAGCCGCACAUGAGGCAGUCCUUGGGCUUCACUUCCUUCAGUGCCUUUUCAGACAAGACACACCCGCACUUCUUAAGAACAACGAAGCGAUGGGCACCGUUGAACAACUGCAGUGUGAUGGGACAGUGAAAGCGAUAUCGAGUGGCUGCGCGCUUCAUGUUGCUCUUCUCUGACGCGAGCUUGGCCUCGGGAGCGGGGUAAAACUUGCAAGUCACCACAUCCUUCAUGGAACGAAUGUACGAAAACUUCUCGGGCAGCGACCGCUCCAGCAAUUUUUCGAUGAGCCGAUCCUUGUUGAACAGAUUGCCCAACUUGCACGCGACAAUCGGCUCCUGCAGCGGCUCGUCGGUCAAUGCACACAUCGUCGUGCGCUUCUCACGCAGCGCAUCCUGAUCUCCUUUUUCGUCCCGCUGCUUUUGGUGGCCAUGCCGCAUGAACUUGCGCGCCACGGCGAUGACUCCUCCAUCGUUCCCCAUGAGGUCUGGGUUUGAGCAACACCACGUCCCAAUGCAACUACUUCUCG